AUCAUGUAAAGGUGACAUGUCAUUCUGCCAUUGCUGACAUUAGUCAUGAAACAUGGCAUUGAUAAGGCUUUUAGAAAUGUUGUCUCCAUUUCAGUUCUGCACAACAUUUCACGUUAGGUCUACAGCAAUGUGUGCUUGCCUAUUGAUUACAUUCAAUACUGACAAACUUCUUUCAUCCAGAAUGAAAGUGGCCAGAGCUACUUUUAUUGCACAUCAUUUAUAAUGUACAUAUAUGAAUUGACCGUGAAGUCCAUAAAUACCUACUAGAAUCUGAAUUGAUAGCCUUAACAUGGAGCGUUAGAUUUGUUUGUUUGAUCAUAAAAUGACAUGUCACCUCCCAACUGUCUCUGUGUCGAACUCACCUGUCAUGUAUUUUGUUCCAGGCUUUGAAAUUACUAUUGAUCACCCACACACUGAUGUGGUGAAAUGUUCCCAGCUAGUGCGAGCAAGCAAGGAUCUGGCACAGACUUCCUAUUUCAUGGCUACCAACAGGUUGUUAUCCUGCCCCUCCUUUGUUGCACUUUGACUGCACACCAUAGCGUCCUGUAAUGCAGGGUACCCUUUCAGUGUCCAACGGGCCCUACUUGCGCUGGUGGUUAUUGGGAUGCUUGCCUCCUCCCCUCAGCUCCCCUCCCUUGUUCAAAGGGAGCGGGACAGGGUGGCUUGUAGCGUUACCGGCCCCAGUUGCAGUGCGGUGUAUUGUACAAGGGACCACGUGUUGGCACAGAUGGGUUGAAUGCAAGGUGUGGAGUGUAGUGGUGCGCUUGAAACCCACAUGUUUGUUCGGUUGCGAAAAGUGCAUAAUUCUAAAAGAAAGACACUUUGGUAGCCUGAAUAGCAGCUAAAGAUUUCACAGAUGUAAACAUUUCUCGUAGAGGUCUUUCCGUCUACACCUCACUACCUUCUGCCUCCAGUACAAGCCCACAGUGAUCUCCUGUGUGUGCAUCCACCUGGCGUGUAAGUGGUCCAACUGGGAGAUCCCAGUGUCCACUGAUGGGAAACACUGGUGGGAGUACGUGGACGACUCUGUCACCCUCGAGCUUCUUGAUGAGUUGACCCACGAGUUUCUGCAGAUUCUGGAGAAAACACCCAGUCGGUUGAAGAGAAUACGAAACUGGAGGGCGACACAAGCUGCCAAAAAGCCCAAGGGUGACAGCACUCAGUCGGCUGACAACUCCUUUGCUGGGCCUUCCAUGCUCCAAGAUCAUGGUGAUGCCUCCUCCAACCCAAGUUUUUCCAAAGCAGGCGCUCCCUUUACCGUGCCCAUGCCUGGCCAAUCCGGAGGUGCACCCCUGUCGUUGGACUCCUUGGCUGGCACGUACAACCCAGCUAGCCACAGUGAGUGGCCCCUGGGCAACCAGAGCCAAACAGGGUACCCUUCAACCUGUAUAAAACAGGAACCCCUCAGCAUCCCUAUCCAAGAGCCGACUCUGUCCUUGCAGACCUCCACUUCCUCUUUGCUUCAGCAUCUGCCGGUAUGCAAGACUGAGAAAACACUAGACUUCAUCCCUGUCAUCAAACAGGAACAAAAAGGACCUGUUGGGAGCGGAGUGGGCAAGCAUCAGCCACCAGCUCAGCCUCCUCCACCACAGCCGUCACCCGCUCAGAAGCUGUCUCUGGACAAAUACAGAGAGAAACAAGCUGCAGAGCUGGCUGUCUCUGGGCAGAAACGCGGUCACGAACCGCAUGGUGGAAAUAUGGAUUGUGAUGCGAGGGGCGAUAUGUUAUCUUUCUCCUCUUCUACCUAUGCACCAUCCUCUGCGAGCCAAGCGGACCAUAGAAAACAUUCACAGCCCCACCAAACGUCCCACGGUGGUGUCGGGAGCACCACUGCCUCCCCAAUGAAAAUGAAAGUCCCCUCCUCCUCAACUUCAGGGCAAGAUAGACGUCAUCACGGUGACAAACGGGACAAAGGCUCGCUUAAACUCCGCCUGGCCGUUCCUGGGUCUGGUAGCAGCUCCCAGCUGGAUAAAAGUGGACAGCCAAGCAAAGAUGAGCUCAAGAUGAAGAUUAAAGUCUCAUCGUCGGAGCGCCACAGCUCGUCGGACGAAGGCAUGGCGGCCAACAACAACAACAAGAGCAAACAUUCCAGCCCUCUGGCGAGCAAGGAGAAACAACAUCGUGGAGCAGAUCACAACCUCCAUCGCCACCACAAGCACAGUCACCCUCAUCCACACACGCACAGCGGGAACGGCGGCGGCAGCCUGCUACGUGGUCCUCCAGGACUGGUCAGCGUGGAAGGGACUCCGCUCGCUCCUCCCGGAUCCACCUCCUUGUCUUCUUCGCGCAAGAGGGCCUACCCCGAGGCAAGCCACAACCACCACCCACCACCCUCCUUCUCCACUUCAUGCUCGAAAGUGAGCAAAAUCUCCAAGGGUGGCACUGGUGCUGCAGGUGGGCUGCGGACCUCUCAGCAGUACCCUCCUCCUAGCGAAUCGCCACAUGAAGUAGGAGAGCAGAGACACUGAGUCUACCGCUCUGCAGCCAUGGACAACCCCAUGGAAAUGGCAACAGACUACCCACACCUCAGACUUUGAAGACUAUGCUCACCUCCCUGUUAAGUGCCCUAGGAAAAUAACUCAUUAUGUCAUGAUAAACCCUUUACUGAAAGGCAGAAAAACUUAUCUGCAAAAAAAGAAAAAGAUCAGUAUUGUUGGACUUCUCAAUUUUUGAGAGAUAAGAAAGAUGAAAAAGAAAUUAUGCUUCCUGACUGUCGGAUCUCUGGGCUGUGACGCUCAGUCCUGUCUUUCUGUUAGUGUGUUGAAUUGCUGCUUGGUUCUCCUUCCUCCUCAAAUGAGUCUAGAAAUGUGCAAAGGUGUGUGUAUGUGUGUGCGUGUGCGUGCGCGUGUGUGUUUUCAUCGCAGGGAAAGUCCUUCCCACAUUUCAGAUCUCCAUAUGGGAAAACAAAAUUAUUACAAGUACUACGAGAGGCAUGGAAGGUACACCUACUUCAUUUUCUUCCUCUAAUUUUUUUUUUUUAACGUGUAAUUUAAUUUAAUCACAUUUCUGCGGUUGUAUGGAGGAAGCCAGUGGCCAGCUGGAGAUGAGUUCAAGUUAUGUUUGCUGGCGUACCAUUUAGUACUCUUGAUGGAUGCAAAACAUUUUUUUUAGAUGUAAAGUUUCAUCUCCUCAAUUUCUUUCUUGUCUUGAUUUCUUUUUAUACUUAAGUACUGUGCAUAUGAUAUGCAUGUUUCAAUCAUCAAUGGGAUUUAAAAGGAGAACGCGUACUUGCUGUUUACAGAAAGUGGAGAUACAUGUACAUACGUUUUUGUAUGUUUAAAGAAAAAAAAAGAAGCUAUACCAUGACUACUCAGGUUUAGAGCUGCUUGUAAGUAUAACUAUAAUACCUAGAAAAGACUUAUUUUGUUGAUCAAUGGAUUGGGCAUCAUCGGGUGAAUGAUUCCAGUGGUGUGUGCUUCUUACCUUCCUACAGGGGGUGCUGUACUGUUCUUUUCCAUCACAGGGAAUAUCAGUUGAUGCCCUCAGUAACACAGGCAACAUCCAAAACCUACUUAUCACAUCAGAGCGAUGCAAUUUGUACCAAAAAUAUAAUUUUUUUUUGGACCUAUAAGUAAACCUUAAGCUGGAUGCCAAAGGUUGUGCCUCAAAAAGAAAUGGUAGUAGUGUGCUAUUAAAAUUUACAUAACCCUUUUUUCUUUGAAGUGCAUCAGACAUAAUUUCAUGACAUGAAGCUGUGGCCCUUAGAUGUCAGCCCAUAAAGGGGAUACAUGUAAGUAUUAUUCAAUCAGCCAUUAACAUUGUAUGAUGUAU